AUGAAUAUCUUAAGAAAAGUAGUCAAAAGAGACAUUAUUUUUUCGAGCUAAAGAAAGUUCUCAUCUCAAAACUAACCACCUGAGUUCUUAUAAGCAUACAAUUAGCUCUUCAUCAAAUCUAACAUUAUCAAUGAACUCCUUCCAAAAAAGAUUGAAACUAUUGAUCAUCUCAAAGAAACUUUUCCAACUUUACUAUCAUCAAAUAGAGCUAAGGAAGCUGACUUGGCAUCAGUAAACAAAGGCAUCCUAGAGCCUGCUCAUGACCUAAUUGACAGAGGGGGUAAAAGAUGGAGACCAGCACUUGGACUCAUAUUGGCUGAAGCAUUCGGUAGAGAUAUAAAAAAUCUAGAAGCAAACAAAGAUGUAUAUUAUUUGAGUGGGCUGGUAGAGUUAGUACACAAUGGAUCCUUGAUGAUAGAUGAUCUUCAAGAUAACAGUAAAUUUAGAAGAGGUGAACCCUGCACCUAUAUUAAAUAUGGUGCUGAUAUCGCUUCAAAUACUAGCACCUUCCUAUAUUUUGCCCCCUUACUUAAAAUUGAUAAGUACAUAACUGAUAAAAAAGCAAGAGCUAAGAUAUUGACAAUCUUCAACUAGGAAAUGGUAAAUUUAAUGCUCGGCCAGAACUGGGAUAUUAACUGGCAUAAUGGCAAGGUUGAACCAAAUGCAAAUUUCUAUCAUCAGAUGGUUGUCAACAAGACAUCAACAUUGCCAAGAAUGAACGCAAGAUCCUUAGGUGCUGCCCUUCGCUUAAAAAAUUCCUAAGUAGUAAAGCUAUCCAGUUUCUUGAAUAGCUUAGGGGCUGCAUUCUAAAUUCAGGAUGACAUUAUUGCAUUGAAAAGCUAGGAAUAUGCUCAAGAGAGAGAUAAAUAUGAGGAUAUCAGAGAGGGAAAGAGAUCUUUGGUUGUGAUUAAUGCUCUUAAAAGCGGGAAGGAUAAGAAGCUUAUCAAAGAAAUUUUAAACUCUCAUACAGAAGAUGUAGCUAAACUUGAACAAGCAUAUAAAGCUAUUCAUCAAAACUAAUCUGCAUUUGAUAAAGCAGAUAAAGAGGCAAAGCAACUCGUCGAAAAAUCAUGGACGGCUAUUAAUCCAGUCUUGCCAGAGGGAGACGCUAAAAAGAAAAUUGAAGAACUCAGUCAAUUUAUCAUAAAAAGAAAUCUCUGA